AUGAUAAGACCCAUGCUUAGUCCCAUGCUCAGUCCCAUGCUCAGUCCCAUGCUCGGUCCCAUGAUGCUCAAAUCCAUGCUCAAAUCCAUGCUCAAAUCCAUGCUCAAAUCCAUGCUCAAAUCCAUGCUCAGACCCAUGCUCGGACCCAUGCUCGGACCCACCAUGCUCAGACCCAUGCUCAGACCCAGUAACACUGGAAGCGCGCUCCUGCUGAUUUCGGUGGUGGAGGCACAGGUGUUGGUGCCGUCAUACAGAUACAGAGAGUACAAUUUCACACUACUGGCAGCAGAUGAGGGCACCGGCAUGGCGGCUCAUUAUGCCACGCACGCACUGGAUAACAGCAGCGGCGCCACGCCUGAUACUUCACAAGGGGGGAACGCGAGCGGGAGGAGUUCGGUGAAUGUGACGGCGUUUGCGGUGGUGCGGGGACGCAGCGGAAUGCAACAGCGGGGGAGAUGGGCGCGGCGGCAGCAGGGGGGUGUGCCGGGAGGAACGGGAGCAGCAGCAGUGCUGGGUGUCAGCCUCUCCUCCUCCAAUGUGACUCUGCUGGAUGUGCUUGCAGCGAGGGCGAAUGUGGUGGAGGGGGCAGGGAUCGACAACAGCGUGACUGUAACAGCAGCAGCGGCGGAUGUACCGCCUGCAGCAACGGCACCUGCAGCACUGCUGACUGCGCCUGGAAUCAAAGCCAAGGCAGCAGGCGAGGGGGCAGUAGACGAGGGAGGGCCAAGGGAGCAAGUGGUGGUGGUGAAGGUGGUGGUGUGGCAGCCGGUGCCCUUCACAGGUCACCGCCUGGUUGACUUCUUUUCUCCUGGAUGCGGGAGGUGGUGA